AUGGAGACUGUCUCGAGAUUCGGAACAUCGAUUUCGAUGCUACGCCCUUCAAUAAUCUUGAAAUCAGUCAAUGCAAAGUGCUUGAGCCCAGGUGCCUCGCUCAGCCUAACGUUUCUCAACUCCCAACAACUACUAAGGUCAAGGCGCCUGAGCAUAGGGCAUCCCAACGCUUUCGUCUCCAAAGUUCCGCCAUCAACUUGGACACAAUCGAGGGUGAGUGUGCGCAGACAUUUGAACCGCACGCUCUCAACCGGGCUCAGCUUGCAUUUGCACAGGUGUAGUUCUUCGAGGGACUCGGCUAAGAAGACUGCCGAGGGCAGAAUGAAAAGAUAUGAGAGCAAGUCCAGCCUCACCUGUAGACAGAUGAGUCUUAUGGUGUCACUCUUGGCGUAUACUCGAUGCGAACGUCAACUGUGCUUGAGCCCAGGCGCCUCGCUCACCCUAAUGUUUCUCAAUUCCCUACAACUAUUAAGGACCAGGCGCCUGAGCAAAGGGCAUCCCAACGCUUUCGUCUCCAAAGUCCCGCCAUCAACUUGGACAUAUUCGAAGGUGAGUGUGCGCAGACAUUUUAACCGCAUGCUCUCAACCGGGCUCAGCUUGCAUUUGCACAGAUGUAGUUCUUCGAGGGACUCGGAUAAGAAGCCUGCCGAGGGCAGGGCGGCUAUUAUCGGGAUCCAUUUGUCGAGAAGGGAGAUGACCGGUAGUGAGACGGGCCUCGAUAAGCGGAGAUGGAGUGAAAGCAGCUUCGUGAGACACAUUUCGGAUGCUUCAUAA